AUGGAAACUUCUGCUUCAACAGCUGCUGGGAAAAAAGAAGGGAAAGGUGCUGUUCUGGAGGGGAAUGGCUUUACAGAGACGGGGAAGAAACCCACUCCUUUAGCGGCAGCGGGAGCAGCAGUGGCACAAGGAGUGCCACAGCACAUUUUUCCGGCCUUCCACGCUCCUUUGCCAAUUGACAUGCGCCACCAGGAAGGACGAUACCAUUACGAACCUCACUCUAUCCACGCUAUCCACGGGCCUCCUCCUCUGAGCGGCAGCCCCGUCAUCUCCGACAUCUCCCUCAUCCGCCUGUCUCCGCACCCUGCUGGGCCUGGCGAGUCGCCCUUCAGCCCACCACACCCCUACGUGGCACCCCACAUGGAGCACUACCUGCGCUCUGUGCACAGCAGCCCCACGCUCUCUGUCAUCUCUGCUGCCAGGGGCCUCAGUCCUGCCGACGUGGCUCAUGAGCACCUGAAGGAACGAGGCCUCUUCGGGCUGCCCCCGCCACCACCGGGAGCCAACCCUGCUGACUACUACCACCAAAUGACGCUGAUGGCCGGCCACCCAAACCCCUAUGGGGACCUCCUCAUGCAGGGCGGGGGAACAGCCAGCGCAGCCCACCUCCACGAUUACCUCAGCCCUGUUGAUGUGUCCCGGUUUUCAAGCCCACGGGUAACUCCAAGAUUAAGCCGGAAACGAGCCCUGUCUAUCUCCCCGCUCUCUGAUGCCAGCAUUGAUCUCCAGACAAUGAUCAGGACCUCCCCAAACUCCCUUGUGGCAUAUAUCAACAACUCCAGAAGCAGUUCAGCAGCAAGUGGCUCCUACGGCCAUUUAUCUGCCGGGACGAUCAGUCCGGCAUUUAGCUUCCCCCACCCGCUUAACCCUGUGACAUACCAGCAGAUCCUGACCCAGCAAAGAGGCCUGAGCUCAGCCUUUGGGCACACUCCUCCCCUGAUCCAGCCAUCUCCAACUUUCCCCCCACGGCAGCACAUGGCAGUCAUCUCCGUGAACCCAUCACCAGCACAGAGCAGCAGCAACAGCAACUGCAUCUCCGACUCCAGCCAGAGCAAGCAGAGCAGUGAGUCGGCCGUGAGCAGCACCGUCAAUCCAGUAAUUAACAAACGCAGCAAAGUCAAGACUGAAGUUGAGGGCUUGCCCCCAGUGUCCCCAAACACACAGGAGCAUCUGACAGACCUGAAAGAAGAUCUUGAUAAGGAUGAAUGUAAACAGGAGCCUGAGGUUAUUUAUGAGACUAACUGUCACUGGGAAGGGUGCACAAAGGAAUAUGACACUCAGGAGCAGCUCGUCCAUCACAUCAACAAUGAUCACAUCCACGGGGAGAAGAAGGAGUUUGUCUGCCGCUGGCAGGACUGCACACGGGAGCAGAAGCCCUUCAAGGCUCAGUAUAUGUUGGUGGUGCACAUGAGAAGGCACACGGGAGAAAAGCCACACAAGUGCACGUUUGAGGGUUGUUCCAAAGCCUAUUCCCGCCUGGAGAACUUAAAGACACACCUGAGGUCCCACACUGGAGAAAAACCUUAUGUCUGUGAGCAUGAAGGCUGCAAUAAAGCCUUUUCCAAUGCCUCGGACAGAGCCAAGCACCAGAACAGGACACAUUCCAAUGAGAAACCAUACGUCUGUAAAAUCCCUGGCUGCACGAAGCGGUACACGGACCCCAGUUCCCUCAGGAAACACGUCAAGACAGUGCACGGGCCUGAUGCUCACGUCACGAAGAAGCAGCGCAAUGAUGUUCACCCAAGGCCACCUCCACUCAAGGAGAAUGGGGACAAUGAGGCGAGCGCCAAGCAGAGCAGCAAGGUGUCAGAGGAGAGCCCCGAGGCUAACAGCACCACGAGGAGCAUGGAGGAUUGCUUACAAGUCAAAACAAUAAAAACAGAGAAUUCUGUGAUGUGUCAGUCCAGUCCUGGUGGCCAGUCGUCAUGCAGCAGUGAGCCAUCACCCCUUGGCAGCACCAACAACAAUGACAGUGGAGUAGAAAUGAACAUGCACAGCGGGGGAAGUCUGGGAGAUCUGACAGCGUUGGAUGACAACGCUCCUGUUGUGGACUCAACAGUCUCAUCUGGUAACUCGGCAGUCAGCCUGCAGCUAAGGAAACACAUGACGACGAUGCAACGACUUGAACAGCUCAAGAAAGAGAAACUCAAGACAGUUAAGGAUUCCUGCUCAUGGGUGAGCCCAGCUCCACAAGCCAGAAACACCAAGCUGCCUCCCAUUUCAGGAAAUGGCUCUGUUCUAGAAAACAGUGGUGGUUCUUCUGCUAUACUGCCUAACCCCAGAAUAAUGGAGCUGUCUGUCAACGAGGUUACAAUGCUGAACCAACUCAACGAGCGCCGUGACAGUACAACAAGCACCGUCAGCUCUGCCUACACUGUCAGCCGCAGGUCCUCAGGGAUCUCCCCGUACUUCUCCAGCCGCCGUUCCAGUGAGGCUUCGCACCUUGGGCACCGCCCCAAUAACACAAGCUCUGCUGACUCCUACGACCCGAUUUCCACCGAUGCCUCCCGCCGGUCGAGCGAGGCGAGCCAGUGCAGUGGGAUGCCAGGUCUGCUGAACCUCACACCAGCUCAGCACUACAGGCUGAAAGCCAAGUACGCUGCUGCCACAGGGGGCCCUCCUCCGACUCCCCUGCCAAACAUGGAGAGGAUGACCCUGAAGAACAGGAUCUCCCUUAUGGAUGGACCAGACCCCACCUUACCCUCCAUCCGCGUCCCACCAGGCCCCAGGCGUUGCAGCGAUGGUAACACCUAUGGCUACCCAUCAGCUCCAGCAUUUCCCCAUGAGGUGCAGGGCAACUGCACAAGACGGGCAAGCGACCCCGUGAGGAGACCUCCCGGUGACACUCCGGCUCUCCCACGAGUUCACCGCUUCAACAGCACCAACAGUGUGAACCCCUUCCAUCCUUCACACCCCACAGACAGGAGGAAUUUUGGUCUCCAGAGCUAUGGGCGCUCAGACGGGAACCUGCCCCGGCACACCUACUCGCCCCGACCACUGAGCAUCAGUGAAAACAUCACCAUGGAAGCCAUGUCUGGGGAGACAGAUGCAGCCAUUGGAGAUGACGACAUUAUGCUGCCAGAUGAUGUGGUACAGUACAUCAAAUCACAGAGCAAUGGGACAGUGGCUGAGAGCACUUCCAUGGGGUACAGCAAUGAGAUGCAGAGCUUCCAAGGAAGUGGGAAGCUGCAGCCUCCAGCCUUGCCCAGCCAGCGGAGGAUGGCGGUGGCUGAGACAAGCAUGAGCCACUUGGGACCCAUGAUGUCAGAGUGUUCCAUGAGUUUUGAUACUCCUUCAGACAUGAAUAAAAAUAACAUGCCUGUCCAGUGGAAUGAAGUCAGCUCGGGCACAGUUGAUAUCAUGUCCAGUCAGUCGAAGCAGCAGUUUUCACAAGGGAACUUAGCAGUGGUCCAGCAGAAGCAGAACUUUGGUCAGUACCAGAACUACAACCAGCAGCAGCUGCAGCUGCCAGACAACAGCAUGAAUGCAACACAGCAGAGUUUUAUGCAGAGAAACAUGGGCAUGGACGGGCAGAGGCUAAACUGCAUGCAGCUGCGGCAGCAGCCCAUGAGCCUAGGUCCCAGCAUGAACCCCGAUAUGGGCUUGCACACAGGGUAUAACCAAUCACAUCAGAUGCUGAGCCCCAGUGCAAUCAGUGGCAACCCAAAUCAGAUCUCUCCUAAUUGUAGCAACAUGGCAGCAAAGUCUGGACCCCACCUGCACCCUCAGCAGAUGGACAUGGUGACUGACCCUUCCUUGAUGGUCAGGAGCAACAGUGAGCACACAGUGCUAGGACAGGUCAUGCAUGAACCAAGUCAGCAGAACUACUCAUCUCAGUCAAGCCACCUGAACUUCCCUGUGGCUCAGGAGACCUUUCCUCAGCCCAUCAUGACCUCCAAUCAGCCCAGUUUUGAGCCUCAGCAGAGCGUGAUGAGUUCAGCUGCACAGGCCUAUCCGCCUGGCAUCAUCCAGCCUCGUCCUCCACCGGAGCCAAACCCGGGCAGCAGACCCCGAGGGGUCCGCACCACCCACCAGCUGGGCUACAUGAGAACUCCCCAUCCUACCAACACCAUCAGCCCUGGCCAGGAGACGACGGAGGCCAUGCAUAAAAGAACCAGCGACAUGUUGCUGGCACCAGCCCAGCAGUGCGCAGACGGCACGAGGGACAACAACUUGAUGUACUAUUACGGCCAAAUCCACAUGUAUGAACAGAACAACGGCUUCGAUAACCACGCGGACUGUCGGGUCAGGCAGCAGCAGUGCGCACAAAACAGCAAGCCAGCCACUCUGCCUUCCCCAGGAACAAACCAGGUGUCCAGCACAGUGGACUCUCAAGGUCUUGAGCCACCCCAGAUAGAUUUUGAUGCUAUCAUGGAUGACGGGGACCAUUCGAGCCUGAUGUCAGGAACCCUGAGCCCCAGCAUCCUGCAGAACCUCUCCCAGAACUCCUCUCGCCUGACAACUCCACGAAACUCUCUGACACUGCCCACCAUACCUGCGGGGAUAAGCAAUAUGGCAAUAGGUGAUAUGAGCUCCAUGCUAACCACGCUGGCAGAAGAGAGUAAAUUUCUAAACAUGAUGUCGUAA